CGUGCAUGAACUCAUUCUGGAUUGUUUACUAUCCGCAGCGUUUUGAUCUUAAAUGGUUACACAGAACAAAACACACACUAACAAUUCUAUUAUUUAUUAAGUUAAUUCUGUAAAAGAAAAUGGGCAGUUUGCUUCAUGAGGUAAAGCGUUGGGCGACAGAAGAGCUGGAUCUGCCUGCUCACAAACUCCCACACGACAGCUACAUCAAAACGUUAUGUGUUGGUGCAGGAGCCUCUAUUUGGAAAUAUGUCAUACAGCAUAUUUACCAUGAGAAGAAUGUGCGAGUGAUGCGUGGGAAUCUCCAGUGGUACAAAAUCCUACAGGAUAAGGAGCUGAAGCAGGUGGAGGGUCAGAACAAAGAUGCUCAGCGUGUGGAGUUACAGCGGGAGAUCGCAGAGCUGCAGACUGAGCUCAGUCACAUAGACCAGAAAAUCAGCACAGCGGAGGAGCAGCUCGCCAACAAAGAGCAGAACGUGAACAGGCAGUGUGUUCAGUAUGAGGAGAGCCGGCUGAGGGUGCUGCUGCUGGAAUCAUUCAGGCUGCGCAGUGCAGAAGAGAGAGAAGCUCUCACACGCUACACACACACCACCAGCAACCAGCGGCAUGUGCUAGAACAGCUGGCUAAGAAAGCAGAGGUGAAGCUGGUGUUCGGGAGUGGUGAGGAGAGUGGCCCAGCUGCAGAGCCCCUGGUUCUGAGGGACGUUCGGGAGCUGUGUAGGGAGCGAGUUCUGUUCUUCAAGUCUCUGCAGGAAAGCACCUUAAAAUCCGGCCCCUCCGAAUUUACUCCUGAUCAGAGGAAUUCAGUGUAUCAGCACUGGCUCAGUGCAGUUCAGGAUGUUUUGCAUGUUCACCCACCAAAUCAGGUCCUUUUAGCUCUGCAGACUCUGGCCAACAAACAGCAGGUGGCGCUGGAGGAGAAGACGGCUGCUCUCGAUGUGGAACAGGACGUAUCUUCACUCGGAUUCCGUUAUGACAGUAAUCACCUGCUGGAUGUGUCUGUGGAUGACGGGAGGGACGAUCUGCCACCGGUUCGCACUCUGUUACAGUCCGCCUGGGACGAUGUGGAGCAGUGUUACAUGCAGCUGGCAGAGGUGCGCAAAAGAUCCUGCCAGCUACAGGCUGAUCAGAGCGACCUCCUAAAGGAGGUUCAGUUGAAACUUUUAGGACAGGAUCCCGCCGACCCCCUCAGCAGAAGUGUUUUCGAGCUGGAGGUGCGGGCGGUGAGGCGGGCCGCGGUGAGGGACGGCGUUCGGGACCGGUGCGCUCGGCUCCAGCAGCAGAACCGAGAGAGACGCGAGGCGCUGCGCAGCCUUCAGUCGCAGUGGCAGAGCAUCAUGGACUUCAGACAGCUGGUGGAUAUCAGGCAGGAACAGAUCCGGAGUCUGAUUAAAGGAAACUCCACACUUAAGACUGAGCUCACUCGUCUUCAUUCUGAGUUGAAGCAGUUCGUGCAGGAGAAACUCAGCCCACACUUCGGCGGUGUGAUAAAAGCUUCUAAUGGACUCCGUAACUCUGUGUCCCAGGAGGCUAAACUGUUCAGCGCCGUGUUUCUCGCCGCUCUGGACCGUAGGGUUAUAGACAGUGAGCGAGUGCCGGUGGAUCAGCUCUCCCUGUAUCGGCUGAACUCUCCAGCCCUGCAGGUGAUCCGUCAGGGUCUCUGUGCCCCCCUGUACCUGGCUCCAGAGGAGCUGCUCUCUCGGACGGCGUCUCAGAGGUUGCAGCUGCGUUUCCUCCGGCGCCUCCUUCAGCUUCAUUCUGAGUCUUUAACCCACGUGCAGAGACGAACAGCACGGCUCCCAGCGCCCAGUCGGCAAGCUCUGCUGCAGUGUGUGAAAGCAGAAGAUGCCGAGUUGCUGCAGACUCUGUUGCCCCGUGUGCAGGCGCUCACACAGAGAUGUUCCAAGGGUCUGACCUUCGCAGACCAAGUCAACACUGCCAUCACGCACUGGUGGGAGCAGCCGGCUCAGUUCGCUCUCCCGGAGCUGCAGCAGGAUGGACGGACGUUCCAGCAGUGGCUGCAGAGAUGGAAACUGGCUACGAGAGGACUUUAAACCCGAACACGCGGCGUUUCUGAACGUAUCUUCAUGUUUACUUUCUGUAUUAAUAAAAAAUAUCAAUAAAUAAAUAAACUCACAGAGAACG